GGCUACCACAAGAGAUAGAAUAACGACAACCGCGAGCGCGAGUGCGAUGCACUGUCAAGAAAGCCACCCGUCACACCACAUUACCACUUUACCCCACGAUAAAUAGAUAGACCUUCCCACACCCGAAAAUGGCAUCCAUAGUUGCUGCCUCCUCUGCAUUCUCAACUAUCCUCACUGCUCAAUUUCUCAUUCCUUCUUCGUCUUCUUCUUUCUUUCUCAAAACACUCACUCGAAGGUCAACUGCGCCGUUACUCCGUCUUUCUCUUACGUCACGACGACCACUGCGUAACGUCAUGGCUUACGCCACCCUUGGUCUCACUCGCCCUUCCAACACCGAAACCCCCAAGAUUUCUUUCGCGUCGAAGGAGGUUGACGUGGUGCAAUGGAAAGGAGACCUGCUCGCGAUUGGCGUCACGGAGAAGGACUUGGCGCGAAACGCCGAAGCGAGAUUCGAGAACGCGAUUUUGAAUUCCGUGGAUUCGAAGUUGGACGGAUUGUUGGCCGAGGCUUCCACCGAAGAGGACUUCACCGGCAAACCGGGCCAGUCCAUAGUUCUCAGAAUCGCUGGUGGACUUGGAUCCAAGCGCGUGGCCCUGCUCGGCCUCGGCGCGUCCGCGUCCACCUUCGCCGCGUUUAAGUCUCUCGGCGAGGCUGUUGCUUCUGCCGCUAAGUCCGCCCAGGCUGGCCACGUCGCCGUCUCGCUUGCCUCUCCAGACGCGUUUUCCGUGGAGUCUAAACUUAAGACAGCUUCUGCAAUAGCAUCUGGGACUGUGCUGGGAACUUUUGAAGAUAACAGGUACAAGUCUGAGUCUAAGAAAUCGUCACUUAAAUCAGUGGAUAUUAUCGGGCUUGGAUCUGGGCCUGAAUUGGAGAAGAAACUUAAGUUUGCAGCAGAUGUUUCUUCUGGAAUCAUUUUUGGAAGGGAGCUUGUGAAUUCUCCUGCCAACGUGCUAACGCCAGGGGUAUUGGCUGAAGAGGCAUCAAAUAUUGCUGCAGCAUAUAGUGAUGUUUUUACUGCCAAAAUAUUAGAUGCUGAGCAGUGCAAGGAAUUGAAAAUGGGGUCCUAUCUUGGUGUCGCUGCAGCCUCAGCAAAUCCUCCACAUUUUAUCCAUUUGUGCUAUAAACCACCAAGUGGACCUGUAAAUGUCAAGUUAGCAUUAGUUGGAAAAGGUUUGACUUUUGAUAGUGGUGGUUACAACAUCAAGACCGGACCUGGCUGUAUGAUUGAACUCAUGAAAUUUGAUAUGGGCGGUUCUGCUGCAGUUUUUGGGGCAGCAAAAGCUCUUGGUCAAAUCAAACCUCUUGGAGUGGAGGUUCAUUUUAUAGUUGCGGCUUGUGAGAAUAUGAUAAGUGGAACAGGUAUGAGGCCUGGAGACAUUCUCACAGCUUCAAAUGGAAAGACUAUAGAGGUCAAUAACACAGAUGCAGAGGGUAGGCUUACUCUUGCAGAUGCUCUGGUGUAUGCUUGUAACCAGGGUGCUGAAAAGAUAGUGGACCUGGCAACAUUAACUGGGGCCUGUAUAAUUGGUCUUGGAUCCUCAAUUGGAGGUGUGUUUACGCCAAGUGAUGACCUGGCAAAAGAAGUUUUUGAAGCUUCAGAAGCGAGUGGGGAGAAACUAUGGAGGUUGCCAUUAGAAGAAAGCUACUGGGAGUCAAUGAAAUCAGGAGUAGCUGAUAUGGUGAACACUGGUGCUCGUCCAGGUAGUGCUAUUACUGCGGCUCUUUUCUUAAAGCAGUUCGUUGAUGAGAAGGUUCAAUGGCUGCAUAUUGACAUGGCUGGUCCAGUUUGGAAUGAAAAGCAGCGCUGUGCAACAGGAUUUGGUGUUGCUACUUUAGUAGAAUGGGUUUUGAAGAACGCAUCUUAAAUCGUUGAAAUCUUGUCCAAUUGUAGUUUGUUAUUAAUUAUGAAUGAGUUAUCUGAAGGGAUAUAAAAGGUGUGGCAGCUUUUAGGUCUAUUACAGUGUGUGUAUUUAAACAUAUAUGAAUAAAUACUGGUUAAUCGACUUCAGUCUGUUUGUUAAUACUUUUUGCUUCGGUAA